AUGGCUGGCGAAGCCGAGGCCGCAGUGGUUGGCAAGGAUGCGGCCGAGGGGGAGUUCGAGGCUUCGGCCUUCGAAGCCCUGGAGCGGGACUUCCAGGAGAUCCUCCAAGAACUCGUUGGGGACAAGUCCCUGGAGCACUUCCGCAACGAGUACGAGAAGCUGCACCGAGCGCUGAAGAAAUCGCACGAUAGCGAGAAGCACCUCAUCAAAAAAUGCAGGGAGCUGAACGCUGAAAUUGUGCAGAAUGCGGUCAAGGUCCAGACUGCGCUGAAGCUCUCUCAGGAAGACCAGGCCACCAUCACCGCGCUCAAGAAGGAGAUCGAGCGUGCGUGGAAGAUGGUCGAGGCGUCGCAUGAGAAGGAGCAGCGAGCCAGGGAAACCAUCCAGAACCUGAAGUCGGAGAUCACGAAGUUGGGCCGACUGGUGGAACAAGGUGCUGGCCUGAGCAUCAACCAGGAGAACAUGGUGAACCAGCUGGUUCAGGAAAAGAACGACCUGGUGAAGCAUCGCGACAUGCUCCAGGGCCAGGUCCAGCAGAUGCAGCAACAGAACACCGACCUGACGGCAAAGGUCGGGAAGCUCGAGCAGGAGCGUCAGCUGGGCAAUGGCGAGCUUCAGUCCCUUCGGGAAGCCUUCCAGAAGCUGCUUGAGGAGGCGGACCAGCAGCAGAAGCGGAAGGAGAAGCUAGACAAGGAGCUGAAAGACAUGAGACAAGGUCUUGAGUCCAAGCAGAGCGAGGUCAACGCCCGGCGAGAAGAACUUGCCCACGGCGAGGAGAAGCAGAAGCACCUGACGCGCCUCCUUCGCGAAGAGCGGCAGGAGGAAGAGCGGCUCACCAUCCGAGCUGCCCAGCUGAAGGGCAACUACGAGCACCUUGUGAAGCAGCACAAAGAGGAGCAGCAGACACUGGCUCGCUGCAAGGACGACCAGGCCGAGAACUCAUCUACUGCAGACUACAAGGCGAAGCUGAAGUUUCGUCAGGACGAGAUCCAAGCGCUUCGGAGCUCGAAGCAGAAGAUGCAGAAGAGCCUUGAGGCCUUGCAGAGCCUGAAGGACAAGGAUGACGCUGAGUCGAGACGUCUGGAGGCCAAGACGACCGACAUGCGGGCUCAGGUCAAAAAGCUGCAGGAGGACCUGGACAAGCAGAAAGAGGACUCUGAGACCCACGAGAAGCAGAUCACCGACCUCAUGCACGAGAGGGAUAUCUUGGGCAAGGCGCUGAUGAAGGGCGACGAGCGCUCCAAGCAGCAAGCAGAGCUCGUGGAGCUCCACAAGGGUCAAGCCAUCACGCUCUCCAAGGAUCUGCACCGCUGGAAGACCGAGCUGAACUUGAAGCUCGAGCGCAUCCACGAGCUGGAUCGCCAGCGUGAGAAGUAUGCGACCGACCUCCAGCAAGCGAAACAGCGCUGCGAGGCAGCUCAAGAAGAGCUCCGAGGCCGAGAGGUUCAGAUGUCGCAGCUCAAGCGAUCCAUCGCUGAUGUGCGGGCCAAGUGGGCGCAGCAGAAGAACCUCUACGAGGCCGUGCGCACGGACAAGAACCUCUACUCCAAGAACUUGGUGGAGUCUUUGGAGGAGAUUAGUGAGAUGCGGAAGAAGUUCAAGGUCAUGUGCCAUCAGAUUGAGCAGCUGAAGGAGGAGAUCAAGGAGAAGGAUGUGGCCAUGAUUGCCGAGCACUUUAAGCACCAGAACAUCAGCAAGGAGACUGAGAAGACCAAGCACACCUUGGAGUACCACGAGAAGCAGCAGACCAAGUCUCAACAGGUCGUGGAGCAGCAGCAGUCCGACAUUAAGAAGCUCGAGGCCACCAUCCAGGAGGCUGAGACGGAACGGCAGCAUCAGCGAAAGGAGUUCGAGGCAGUCACCUCUGAGCGCAACAUCCUCGGCAAGCAGCUCAUCCGCCGCAACGAGGAGCUGUCGCUGAUCUACGAGAAGAUCAAGAUCCAGGAGAGCACGCUGGGCAAAGGGGAGGCCCAGUACAAGAAGCUCCUGGAGACUCUCCGCGGACAGCGCAGCAGCAUUGCCACGCUCAAGCGCGACCUCUACAUUGCUCAGCAGCAGGCCGAAAGUGCAGAAGGCCUGGAGAAGGAAGUCUACCACCUCCAGAGGGAACUCCUCCAGGAGCGGACGAAGGUGCGGGCCUUGUCCGAGGAGCUCGAAAAUCCGAUGAACGUCCACCGCUGGAGAAAGCUCGAGGGCAGUGACCCGGCAAUCUACAAUCUCCCUCUCCAGGUGCGCACACUGCAGAAGCGGCUGAUCGCCAAAACCGAGGAGGUCGUGGCAAAGGAUUCGGAGAUCGGAGAGAAGGAAAAGCUCCACAAGGAGCUGACCUCCAUCCUCGAGAAGCAGCCCGGGCCCGAAGUCCUCGAGCAGCUGGAGCAGUACCAGGAGACGUACAGCGCCAAGCUGAAGCAGAUGAAGGCCAUGCAGAGUGAGCUCCACACUUAUCAGUCCCAGGUCUCCGACUACAAGGACGAGAUCGACCGGCUGAAUAGGGAGCUCGCAGAAGUGAAGAAGAAGUUCUUCGAGCAAAAGAAGAGGGAGAUGAUGCAGCAGGCGCCACGAGGGCAGAGCGGAACGGCGCAAGAGCCCAGGUUUUGGGGGGGAGUCGCAGCGAGGUGA